ACCGAUACUCGCGGGAGGCAAACGCCCCGGGCCUGGGCCCGGGCGAGCAGCGGUUCCCGCCCACCAAGAUGGUCCCCAUCCCUGCCGGAGUGUUCACAAUGGGCACAGACGAUCCUCAGAUAAAGCAGGAUGGGGAAGCACCUGCGAGGAGAGUUGCUAUUGAUGCCUUUUACAUGGAUGCCUAUGAAGUCAGUAAUGCUGAAUUUGAGAAGUUUGUGAACUCAACUGGCUAUUUGACAGAGGCUGAGAAGUUUGGUGACUCCUUUGUCUUUGAAGGCAUGUUGAGUGAGCAAGUGAAGUCUGAUAUCCAACAGGCAGUUGCAGCUGCUCCCUGGUGGUUACCUGUUAAAGGCGCUAACUGGAGACACCCAGAAGGGCCUGACUCGACAGUUGUACACAGGCCAGAUCACCCGGUUCUCCAUGUGUCCUGGAACGACGCCAUGGCCUACUGCACGUGGGCAGGGAAGCGGUUGCCCACGGAAGCUGAGUGGGAAUACAGCUGCCGAGGAGGCCUGCAAAAUAGGCUCUUCCCCUGGGGCAACAAGCUGCAGCCCAAAGGCCAGCAUUAUGCCAACAUUUGGCAGGGCGAGUUUCCUGUGACCAACACCGGAGAGGACGGCUUCCGAGGAACUGCACCUGUUGAUGCCUUUCCUCCCAAUGGUUAUGGCUUGUACAAUAUAGUAGGGAACGCCUGGGAGUGGACUUCAGACUGGUGGACCGUUCACCAUUCUGUUGAAGAAACUAUUAACCCAAAAGGCCCCCCUUCUGGGAAAGACAGAGUGAAGAAAGGUGGCUCCUACAUGUGCCAUAAGUCCUACUGCUAUAGGUAUCGCUGUGCUGCUCGAAGCCAGAACACACCCGACAGCUCUGCUUCGAAUCUGGGAUUCCGCUGUGCAGCCGACCGCCUGCCCAACACAGGCUAAGAGCCGAGAAGAGCCUUCCCGAAUCCGAGAAGAAGUUGUGUCUCACCUGAAGGUGGCUUCCCUCUGAACGCUGAACAACCUCCUGUGAAGAAUUCCCACCCAAGGUGGGUUACUUACCUGCCCGAUGGCCAAAGGAACCGAGUUGCGAGACCAAAUCGCUGACCUGCAUCAGCAUAUGCGCUUUAUUGUGUGGUGUAUUUCUGGACAUCAUCGCCAUGUUUUACUUUUGAGAGCAUUUUAAAGAGGAAGGAGGUGGAGGGUGCCCUGAACGAGGCUUUAGGAGGCCUGCAUUCUAUCUGGGCUCAGCCACUGGGACUAGACCCUGGGGCCCCACACUUGACCUUCCUGGGCCUCAGUGACCUCAUAUGACCAGUGAGGGGAUGCACAACAAGAUAUCUGAGGCUCUCUCCCAACUCGCAAAUUCUCUGAGUAUUGAAGAUUCUAUCGUGAUUUCAUAGUGAGAAUUUAUGACAGAUUAUUUUUUAGCUAUUUUUUUUCCACGUGUGAACCUUGGGUCAUACUAAUCAUGUAAAAGAUUUGUUCUCAUAUAUUAUUUUCAGAAAAGGGUCGGGGGUGGGUGUGGCGGUGAUGAGUCUUUAUAUUCAUACUGCACUUUGUUUUUCCAAGGAAAUCAGUGUCUUUUACGUCACUAUGAUGAAUCCCACUUGGGCCAGUGAUGUGUGCUGGAGUUCAGCAGUCUGAACGCGCAGGAAUGUCUGUGGGGUGACUCUACUGUGCUUUAUCUUUUAACAUUAAGUGCCUUUGGUUCAGGGGGCAGUUAUACCCUAUUUCCCCCUCUCCCCAAAGCCUUUAGUGAAUGUGAAAUGUGUGCUACAUGGAGAAACCCAUUUAACUCUAGGUGUAGGAGAAAAGGAACGAGAACCUUGAAUUAACUGUAUUCAGGGUAUCCAGUAUUUUGUAAUAGGGACGUAGGAAAUCUUGUUGGCUAUCAGAUGCUUUGGAUCAUGCACUAUGUCAAAUAAACUGGUAUCUGCUAAAUCAGC